GGUGUACAGAAAUGGAUAUGAUGUAGCCAAACGCAUAUUUCUCACUGACAACUACGACAAAGUGCCAUCGUAAGUCUUGCGUCCUAGCCUGAGGAACUCUGGGAAAUUGACAGAAAUGCUGCCUCAUUCUGUUGGAGUACACACUGUGUGGAUAUUUUUGACAUGGUUUGGCUUCUUGGUCCAGUGUGAUGUUAACUCCGAGUCUAGCUUCGGAAAACAAACGGUGGACCUCAUGUCAAAAUACCGAUUAAUAGACGGACACAAUGAUCUUGCACUACAGCUGAGGAUCAGGCAUAACAAUAAACUGAGUCAGAUUGACCCAUACAGGAUUCCACAAGUUGCCACAGACAUAAAUCGCCUAAAAACGGGUUAUGUUGGAGCGCAGGUAUUUGCAGCAUAUGUGAUGUGCACUGCCCAAGACAAAGAUGCCGUGCGACUGGCCCUUGAGCAAAUUGAUGUGAUUAUCCGGCUGUGCAGUGAAUGGCAGGAUUUCGAGCUAGUCAAUUCAUCCGAAGGGCUGAGGAAUACCAAGAAAAUUGCAUGUUUGCUGAGCCUUGAGGGCGGGCACAUCAUAGACAGCUCCCUGCCUGCGCUACGCAUGUUCUACAGACUAGGAGUGCGCUCAAUGGCUCUGACGCACACAUGCAACACGCCCUGGGCUGAAUCGUCAUCCAACCGUUAUCAAAUGUAUAAAAAGGAGAACAGCAGUUUAUCAGAAUUUGGAAAGGUUGUGGUGGAGGAGAUGAACAGACUGGGGAUGAUGGUGGACCUCUCGCACUCCUCCUGGGCCACUGCAUGGGCAGUGCUGAAUGUCUCCAAGGCCCCGGUCAUCUUCAGCCACUCCUCGGCCUACACCGUGUGCAACCACCUCCGCAACAUUCCAGAUGACCUGCUGCACGCGCUGAAAGACAACAAGGGGCUCAUUAUGGUCAAUUUUUACUCUGAGUUUGUUGGCUGCAGUCUCAAAGCAAACAUCUCCGUUGUUGCUGACCAUUUUGACCACAUCAAGAGACAGAUUGGGACCGACAGUAUUGGAAUUGGCGGGGACUUUGAUGGUGCCUCUGAUUUCCCGGAGGGCUUGGAGGAUGUAUCCAAAUAUCCAUCACUGAUCCAGGAGCUUCUGCGUAGGAGCUGGACAGAGGCCGAGUUGGCAGGAGUGCUCAGGCUCAACUUCAUCAGAGUGUUCGAGGACGUUGAGAGAGUACGAGACUCGUUGAAAAACACCCAUCCAAUCGAGACGGAGAUCCCACUGAAAGAGGCUGAGAAUGCUUGCCGUCUGGCUCUGAGGCCUCCCACGCAACACGUUAAGUCCAGGACGUCCACGGUCAAGAGUGAGGGCAGUUUCCUGUCGGAUGGAGCUUUCGUAAUGAUGUCACUCCUGAUCUGUUUAUUCCUUCAGUAGAGCAGACCGAGACCACUCCUCAGGGUUUAGACGGACAGCGAGCAGCUCAGAUGUACAUGUAGCACUUUAUUUCAGGGCUGUGAUUAUUUUCACAGUUGAUUGUUUUAUCAAUUCAUCAAUUAGUUGUUUGGUCUAUAAAAUGUCUGAACGUUCAGAAACUGCUAAUCAGCAUUUCACAAAGCUCAAGCUGAUGUCCUCUAAUGUCUCAUUUUGUCCACACGUCAAAGAUGUUGUUCAGGUUAAUGUCAGUAAUUUGCAUAGAGGAGAAAGUAAAUAGCAGGUUACUGAAGUUGCUUCAAUCAGAGAACUUUCCACACACAUAACUAAAAUUGAUUAAUUGAUAACCAAAAUAGUUGACAAAUUGUUUAAUAGUUGACAACUAAUCCAUUCAUCAGUGAAUCGUUGCAUCCUUACUUCAUUUACAUACAGGGAAGAAGAGUAAAGUAACUGAGAAAUGUGCAGGAAAAUGCUGAUUACCAAACAUGCACCUCUCUGUGAGUGAGUGAGUGAGCUCACAACAUUAUAUAGGCCUAUGAACAUUUUAUUCUUUUGAUAUUAACACUAUGAAGCAACGUGUGUUUUGUUGCUAUGCAUUGGAAAGUACUGUAAAAUAUAGUCUUACUAGCAACUUUCUGAUUUCCCUGUAUCAAAAAUGUAACCUCUCAGACAUAUCAAACAAAGGGUUUGAAUAUCCCAUGGCAGCAAAUCUGGAGUUUUCCGGACAAGUCUUGAAAACUUAUCACCUCAGCUAUUUUGCAUCACUGUUUUUGAUGUCCAAAGAGUCUCUGUUUUUAGCUUCAUUUAUCGAUCAUUUCAUAUUUACACUUGAAUGUAUUUGAUAUAAAUACAUAGCCUACAUUGUGUUCAUAUGCAAGCAUACAUGUAAUGCAAGAUUAUAUUGUGUUUUUUAUUUAAAGUAGUUUAUGUCAUUUUUGCAUGAUGAUAUCAUCUUAUUUGUCAAAUAAAAUAAGUGCAUUAUUCAGUGAAA